UAAUGGUCGACGGCGCUCGUUUUCAGAGUUUCUUGCUGUAUUCUUAGUGUGCGACUUAGCGUCUGCGCAUGCUAUGUGGUCUUCAGUCAGCGGAUUGUCGCUGACAAGCAGCUCUCCUUUCGUAACUUUUUCCUGACGGGCUGUGGAUUCGCCGCGUGCAGCCCCCCACUCCUUUCCCACCGCACUCGAGGAAAGCCGCGCAAAUUUUGAACGAGUACUGCUGUAACAACGAGUCGCUCUCUAUAUUUAUACGUUUCAUCUUUUCCGCAAUGAGUUACUAGUUUGCAAUUUGGCGCGGAAGGCGGAAGUUUUCGCCUUGGAUUAAAACUGACUAGAAAUGACAGGAGGCUUCCCCGCCGACGAUGGCAUGAGGCACGAGAGCUGGCCGGCGGGCGGUGGCCGCCAGUACCGCUGCCCGACGGCGGGCUGCGGCCGCCUCUUCAGCUCCAAGUUCAAGCUGCUGCGGCACGCGCUGAUCCACGGCGGCGAGCGGCCCUUCCAGUGCCCGUCGUGCGAGCGCCGCUUCCACCGCAAGGACCACCUCAAGACGCACCAGCAGGUGCACGACCCCAACAAGGCGCUGCACACGUGCGCGCUGUGCGGCAAAAAGUACAGCUCGGCGCUCUCGUUCCGCAAGCACUCGGCACUGCACGCGGCCGAGGCCGGCGACCCCGUCUGCCGGCUGUGUGGCGCGGCGUUCGCGCGCCGCGAGGACGUCCUGCUGCACCUCAAGGUGCACUCGGGCGCCUCGUCGCGGCUCGUCAAGCCACCCACCGAGCGCCGCUUCAAGUGCGACCGCUGCGAGCGCUCCUUCUUCACGCGCAAGGACGUCAAGCGUCACCUGGUGGUGCAUACGGGCCAGCGCAACUUCCAGUGCCAGUUCUGCCCGCAGAAGUUUGGCCGCAAGGACCACCUGGUCCGCCACACCAAGAAGACGCACCACGGCCAGGUGGCUGCUGCCCCCUGGACGACAACCUUCGUGCCUUCUUCGACUAGCGUCGUCUCGGCAGCCACUCUGACCGAGGAGCAGCCGCCGUCGCAUCACCAUCGCCCACCUCCUCCCCAAGCCAAUUCGACCCUCUUGCUUACGGCAGGUUAUUGUGGCGGGCCUAGCGUUAUUGCGGCCCCGCCACCCCCACUGCCGCACUUCAGCCAGGCCUUCCAGUAGAGCCUUUCCUCAGUUGUCUGCUCUGAAAAGCUUUGACAACAGCUGCCUGGUGCUAUUCUUUUUGCCAGUGAUAAGCCAAGCAUCCCACUAUACAAGCAACCCCCUCCCAUUUUUUUUUCUUUUCAUUUAUGUUGUUGCACUGAAAUCCCCCGCUAGCCUUGCUUCCAGUAUAGGCUGGUCAUUUUGGCUGCAAAACAAAACCCUGUUGAAUCAAAGCAGCUGUAAUCAGUAGCAUCAUCAAACACAUGCCCAGAUGGCAGGCCAUGACAUAUGUUUAGACAUUUUCUUGUCAUUCACAGUAGUAAAAAUGAAUGGCAACUGCAGUUCAGUGGGUUCCAGAAGCUAGUUCAGCACCCAACUUUUUCUGUGUCCUGCUACACCUGGUAAAUUCAUUGGCAUGUAGAAUAAUUUCUAAAUAUGACCCAAUAGUGACAUUGGGUCCAAUAGCAGGAGAGUUGCAUCUCAUCUUUCUAAUGUUAAGACUGGGCUCAAAUUGUUUCAGGCCGUGAGCUUUGGUUAUAAGUGCCUUAAAUCUCCUCUCUUUAUGGUAUCCAGUCCCUCAGCAAUACUGAUUAAAGUCACAACUGUACUGUGCCAGUGUUUGUUCUGAAAGAUGUGUCCUUGCACAUUUGUGAAACAAAGUUGUCCACUUAUUGUAAGGCCUGUGAUGAUGGUGCAAGAGACAGCAGAACUUCUAGAUCUCUUUAGCCUUCUUUAGUGUAACUAAUCCUUUCCAUACUGCAAUAAUUGUGCCAAGUGAAAUGUAACGCACCAAGAUCGAGGCACAUACGUGAAUGCAAGUAUUUGGUUUGUGUGUGCACUCUCCUUUCUUUUAUAAAGUUAUGCUUACUGCAGUUAUUAGAAAAUCAUA